GCCUCUCAGCUGAACUUGCGCCACAUCACCAAAUAUCGAAGGCAACGCUUUCUUUCACUCUCUACAACUGACAAGAAUCUCUUAUCCCUGGAUAUCAACAGUUGACAUCAUGACAACAGCAUAAGUCACACGGCCGACUACCAUUGACCUUUGGGCAACUGCAGCAGCCCAGAUGAGCGACGAAGACAGAAAUAACAUUGACUUUAGCUGUCCCGACAAGCUCAACAUCUUGUCUUGUGUACUCCAAGUUACCGAGCAGUCAAAGCAGGAGUGUAUCAAAAAAAGAUGGCGAUAUACGAGAAAGAGUGGAGAGACUGUCAUUUUCGUGGAUUUAUUUAGCAAGAUCGUCAAGUGGAUUGAUCUUUUCAAACAAGUCGGGGACGCAGCUGUUCAGUAUGAUCCGGUUCAUGCUGCACUUCCUUGGGCUGGUAUUCGAUUUCUUCUGCAGAUUGCCGUUAAUGACUCCGAUAAAUUUGCUUUCGUGCUCGACCUGUCGUGGUCCUGAAGUCAGCCCGAGCCACUUCGGAGAUGCAGUCUG